AUGGAGAAGUCUCUGGAGUUGGCCAACAUGACCAGAGUCCAGGAGUUUAUCCUGCUGGGUUUGUCCACUAGGGUGGGCAUAAGGGAUGCCCUGUUUGCUGUCUUCCUGACCCUUUACCUGCUGACGCUCCUGGAGAACACUGUCAUCAUCUACCUCAUCUACAGUCACAGUGAGCUCCGCAAACCCAUGUACUUCUUCCUGGGCAACCUGAGCUGUCUGGAGAUGUGCUACGUGUCAGUGACCAUGCCCAGCCUGCUCGCGGGGCUGUGGACUGGGCCCUGCCAUGUGCCCUUCGCAUUCUGCAUGACGCAACUCUUCUUCUUCAUCUCUCUCAUCUGUACUGAGUGCACACUCCUGGCUUCCAUGGCUUAUGACCGCUAUGUAGCCAUCUGCCGCCCACUCCACUACCCGCUGCUCAUGCGACCCCAGGUCUGCCUGGGCUUGGCUGUGUCCUCAUGGCUUGGUGGUCUUCUGGUCUCGGUGGCCAAGACCACAUGCAUUGCCAGCCUCUCCUACUGUGGUCCCAAUGUGCUUAACCACUUCUUCUGUGAUGUCUCCCCUCUGCUUAACCUCUCAUGCACCCACGUGGCCCUGACAGAACUGGUGGACUUCAUCUCUGCCAUCCUCAUCCUCUGGGGCUCCCUCCUGGUGGCCAUGGCCUCUUAUGUGGCCAUUGGUAGGGCUGUGCUUCGCAUGCCAUCGGCUGCGGCCCGUCGCAAGGCCUUCUCCACGUGCGCCUCCCACCUGGUAGUGGUGGGCAUCUUCUACUCAGCCACUAUCUUCAUCUAUGCCCGUCCCAGCCGCAUAGAAGCCAUGGACCUCAACAAGGUGUUAUCAGUCAUCUACACGGUGGUCACACCAAUGUGCAACCCAAUCAUCUACUGCCUACGGAACAAGGAGGUCCAGGGAGCUUUUCGUAGAACUCUGCAUAGGUCCUGA